CGGCGGUUCAGUGUGUUUGUGCUGUGGGUGUUUGCUUUAGCCAGUGACAACGAAACGCAACGGUAGCAGUUACAAUGUUAAUUGCGGCAGCUUAGUUGCGGGCCACAGCAAAACAAGAACAACAAGCGGAAGAACAGGCCACUUAAACCGGAAAUAGACUAUUAAACGUCCACACACUAACACACACACACACACAAAGGCAUCCAUAUGGUGCGAAAUCCAAGCAGCUAAACAACAAUCGUGGCUCUCUUUCUCUCUCCUGCUGCUGCUGCUGCUCCCGCUGCUACUGCUCUCUCUCAAGGUCGUCGGCUCAACACAGAAGACGCCAGCAACGAACUCCACCCGCACCAAGGCGCAACUCGAGCCGCAACACGCAACACGCAACUGCAACGGCAACGCAACAAACAGGCAAUACCAUUAGCCAUCCAUCGGCCAGAGAGUAGAGUAGUAGAAUCAGUUUUCGGCCAACUUUCGACGCGAAUGCAAGUGAGGUAAAUUCCGAGCUCCCCAAAAAGUAGGCAGCACUUGGCAAGCGGAAACGGAAGUAAACACUCGUUGGCGCGCACACUUAAUUGAUAUUUAAACGCUUAACCGAAAGCAGCCAGCGAUCAGAUUAAACAGAUCGACUCAGGCUUACUUUAUCGAAGAACACUGAAGAUUUGACAAAACGAAGAUUAUUUAAAUACGCGCGCGUUGUAAUAAAAAAGAGUUAAAGUGCAUUUCCUAAAUAUACCAACCUUUUUAACUCCGUUUGUUGCAUUGGAUCAACGAUCGCCGUUGACGGUGGAUUCCUCCUGCCCCAAACGGAAAAAAUGCGAUAUGGAUCGAGAGCGAGAAAGAGAUGUCAAGGCCUUGGAGCCACGCGACUUGUCCUCCACGGGCCGAAUUUACGCCAGAAGCGACAUUAAAAUCAGCUCCUCGCCCACCGUCUCGCCAACGAUCUCAAACUCCUCUUCGCCCACACCGACGCCACCCGCCAGUUCCUCAGUGACGCCGCUGGGAUUGCCCGGAGCCGUGGCAGCUGCUGCCGCCGCCGUCGGAGGAGGAGCCUCCUCGGCGGGGGCCAGUUCCUAUUUGCACGGCAACCACAAGCCCAUCACCGGCAUUCCGUGUGUGGCCGCCGCCUCCCGCUACACGGCCCCCGUUCACAUCGAUGUGGGCGGGACCAUCUACACCAGCUCGCUGGAGACACUCACCAAGUAUCCGGAGUCGAAGCUGGCCAAGCUCUUCAACGGCCAGAUACCCAUCGUGCUGGACUCGCUGAAGCAGCACUAUUUCAUCGAUCGCGACGGGGGCAUGUUCCGCCACAUUCUGAACUUUAUGAGAAACUCAAGACUUCUGAUUGCCGAGGACUUUCCGGACCUGGAGCUGCUGCUGGAGGAGGCUCGCUACUACGAGGUGGAGCCGAUGAUUAAGCAGCUGGAGAGCAUGCGCAAGGAUCGCGUUCGCAACGGCAACUAUUUGGUGGCGCCACCCACUCCACCGACUCGCCACAUCAAGACGAGCCCGAGGACCAGCGCAUCGCCCGAGUGCAAUUACGAGGUAGUGGCGCUGCACAUCUCGCCGGACCUCGGCGAGCGCAUUAUGCUGUCGGCGGAACGGGCUCUGCUCGACGAGCUCUUCCCGGAGGCCAGCCAGGCGACACAGUCGAGUCGCAGCGGCGUGUCCUGGAACCAGGGCGACUGGGGGCAAAUCAUCCGCUUCCCCCUCAACGGCUACUGCAAGCUGAACUCGGUGCAGGUGCUCACGCGGCUGCUCAACGCCGGCUUCACCAUCGAGGCCAGCGUUGGGGGCCAGCAGUUCUCCGAGUAUCUGCUGGCACGACGCGUCCCAAUGUGAUAGGCCCUGGCCCUGGCUGCCCCAGCUCCCCAGGAAGCUGCCGCUGUGGCUUCUGUUUCCGGUUCCGGUUCCGGUUCGGUUUUGGGUUCGGGUUUGGGUUUGGGUUUGGGUUCGGGUUCUAGCUCCCCGCGACUUGGUCGCCUGAUCCAUGUGCGUUGCAGGCGCUAAUUGCCGCUCGCGGGGAUUAACGGUUAGCUGACCAACAAUCACUAAAGGUGAAUAUAAUCUAUGAACACAGUAUGGGUGAUAAAUCACGUUUGGUACUCGACAAAUGCAGGGUUCUUUGGGGAAAGUGUAGAAAUAUUACAGUUUGACUGUCCCGAAAAGGAGGUUCACAUCUUCAAGCUAAUCUAACAAAUUGCUGCAUUGUAAACUGAAGAACCUGCUAGAAAAUUGAAGUUUGCAAGUUGGUUUUUAGCGAAACAUGUAAAAAUUGAUCAUUUUAAAAAAAUCGUAAUUGAUUGAAUUAACGUAGCUCAAACGUGAUUUUGUACAUCAAAUUAUUGCCCUGAUGUGUCCAUAUAACUCGACCCAUCCACGUGAAGGGGUGCUGCACAUUACUGCUCUGAGCAGUUUGUAUUUUAGAAUUCGCUGCGGAUGCAAGUUCUGAAUCUGAAUCCAAAUGUUAUUUAAUGUUUAUCAAUUAAGUUUGCUGGCACAGACACUGGACACAAACACACUCGUGCGUAUUAUUAAGCAUUUAGAGAGCCAAGAGCCCAGCACUGAUUUUGUUUUUUAGCCUUGCGUUUAAGUCGAAUAUUGUUUUCUCUAAGUGUACCACCUACGGCUAAUGACCUUGAGUUGUUCCAUUGAAUCGAAUUGGCCAGGGAUUGUAGCUGGCUUAAAUUAUUGUAACCCACACGUCCACACACCCACACACACACCCACACUGAAAACUAUGGUAGAGUAACAUUAACUCAAGAGCAACUCACAGCGAAAAUAGUUUUGUAGUACUUAAUUGAUGUAAUUGAACCUUUAUGAAUGUAAACUAUGGGAUAACUUUUUCAAUAUAUACGAACCGACGUCUAAAUAGUCUACACCAAUUCAAAUACAAUUACAUGCAAAUAUAGAUAUAUUCAACCAAAUACCGUUUGCGACCACGCCCCUCUAUAGAACAACCACUCAAUUGAAUAUUUAAAUAAAGCAAAAAGUACGUGUAAA